GUGCUCGUGAUGUCACGAGCUCCUGCUGCAAGUGACAGUCCGUUCUUGUGUCCGAUGUUUACAUAAUCACUAUGGCUUGUUACAGAGUGAGCUUAUGCUUUCUGCUCACCUAUUUGCUUUUAGUUUUUGGGCAUCCCCCGGGCCGCUGGAUAGAUAUUCCUUCCGAUGCGCCAGAGGUGAAACAAGUGGCUGAUGUGGCUGUGAGGGAGUUCAACAGGGUAAACAAUGGCGAAGAGAUUUACCGUCAAAUCAGGGUUACCCAAGUCAAGAAAAAGAUCGUGUCCGGAACAAACUAUGACCUGACUCUUAUAUUAGGACGCACCCAAUGUAAAAAGGGACACGAUUCUCUUCUGGAUAGCUGUCUGCGAAAUUUUUUCGCUCCCUUGAUGGGAGUAAAGUGCACUUUUUCUAUAUUAACUGUCCCUUGGAUCAACGAGACAAAAAUCCUACAUCAGAUGUGUUCCCAGGAAAGUUUCAUAAUGGAAUUAACUGAUACAGAAACAUCUCAGAAGCAUAAUGUACCAUCGUCAGAAUCAGAGGAUGAAAUGUUAAAAACAUUGACACUUUUUAAGGAUUUUGUGACAACCUAUAAUAAAAAAUACAGUGAUCAAGAAGAGGCAGCAAGGCGUUUAAAGAUCUUUUCCCAGAAUAUGAAGAAGGCUCAGAUGAUUCAGGAGAUGGAUCAGGGAACUGCAGAGUAUGGUGUCACUAAAUUCAGUGACCUCACUGAGGAUGAGUUCAGAAGUCUGUAUCUGAAUCCUUUACUUUCCAGCAUCCCCCCUCGCCAAAUGAAGAAAGCUAUAUUACCAAUUGUGUCUGCACCUGAUCAAUGGGACUGGAGAGACCAUGGGGCCGUCACAGAGGUUAAGAACCAGGGGAUGUGUGGAUCAUGCUGGGCAUUUUCAGUAAUUGGUAAUAUUGAAGGACAGUGGUUUCUGAAAAAAGGAUCUCUGGUUUCUCUCUCUGAGCAAGAGUUGGUGGAUUGUGAUGGGGUGGAUCAUGCAUGUGCAGGAGGUCUUCCAUCCAGUGCUUAUGAAGCCAUUGAGAAGCUGGGAGGCUUAGAGACUGAACAAGAGUACAGCUACCAGGGACACAAGAACACUUGUAACUUCUCAACCACUAAAGUAUCUGCCUACAUUAACAGCUCUGUGGAGAUCCCAAAGGAUGAAAGUGAUAUAGCAGCCUGGCUAGCGCAGAAUGGACCAAUAUCCAUAGCUCUCAAUGCCUUUGCUAUGCAGUUUUAUCGAAAAGGAAUUUCUCAUCCUUUCCGUAUUCUGUGCAAUCCUUGGAUGAUCGACCAUGCUGUACUAUUAGUUGGCUAUGGAGAUCGUAAAGGCACCCCCUUCUGGUCAAUAAAGAAUAGUUGGGGAACAGACUGGGGUGAGCAGGGUUAUUACUAUCUGUACCGUGGCACUGGAGCAUGUGGAAUGAACACAAUGUGCAGCUCAGCUGUCGUUGAGUAAAGUAACCAUACAGGUUCUGAAGCUGAUUCAUAAAGAUGUGUUAAAAAUAAACCAAUAAUUGUUGUUUUAUGCUGUAUAAAACUGAACAUAUUUAAAAGCUCUGUAAUCAUUUUAUUUGACUUGUAUCCAAUUGUAAAAUUUAAGCACAAAAAGAACUUUCCCUUGAUGCCAGGAAGUUUCUCCUGCCCAAAUGAGUUAUACCAGGUCUAGAGUGAUAUAAAACACUGACCUCAUUUUAGGAGUAAAAAAAAAUGCACACCUUUAUAAACAAGUCAUUUAGUUAUUUUGAUUAUUUCCAAAAUCACAAUACAUAUCAUUAAUUCACAUGUAAGAGCUUUAUAAAUAUGCAUGUGUUUUAUACCAACUUUUACACUGGAAAUUAUUUUACACAGCUUUAGAAAUACAGCCUAAUCUUCCUCUUUGUUUUUACCUUAAUUGAUUGAAAGAAGUGUAUUUGAUUAUUCACAAUCUAUACCUGCAAAUCAUAGCCAGUGUAUUCAGAUGUGUUGAUAUCUUGAUCAGUUGCUUUGGUGUGGGUCAUCACUUAUGUACCAUUAGAACACUAGCACCCACCUGGUAAGUUAUUGUCCACUCUACCCACAGCUAAAUAAGACAAAACUUUGAUAGGGAGUUCACAGUCUAAUGGGGGUAACAUGAAAUGAGAAGGAAGAGAAUUUCUCAAAGCAAUACAACAGAAACAACAAUGCACUUUUCUGCUAGAUGUAGUUUUAUUUUCUGUUGAAAUGUUAAUAGGCCAUCAAACAUGUUUCUGAAUAACCUGGAAAUGACACAGGCCAUUUUAUUGAUUUUGCAGUUGAGUUUAGGUACUGCAUCCUUAACGGUGCAAAUGAUGAUAGCUAAAAUAAUUAUCUGAAUACUCUCAUUCAGAGAUUUUCCGUUAUGAACUGAAAGAGCCUGGUACUCUUCAUAAUAUGUUGUAUAUAUAUUUACAUGGUAAACAUAGUAACAUUUACGGGUAACUGGAACAACUGGUACAGAAUAUAAUAAUAAGCAGAAAAUGCAGGGGCAGAGCUAUUUGACAUCAGUUUAUUUUCAAAGAUAGUGUUCAUUAGUUGCAGCCACUUAAACAGUAAAAACACAACAUAUAUCACAUUGCAAGAGACCUCUACCCCCACAGCAGAACCAAAAUCGAUUAAGCUUUUGUUAAGUAGUAAAGUAUAUGCUUCACCUUCAAAUGGAAGUGUCUAAUUGCUACAUUCACACUAGUAUAGAAUGUCUAAUACAGGGGCAGUAUGAUUCCUGUGUCAGCAUCUUGUGUUCUUUUGCACGUAACUUAAUUUGUCUCCAGCACAGAAAUAAUAUAAGCUAUGGGGCAGGCAUUAACUACUUUUUAAUAUCUGUUAACAGUCUUAUUCAUGUUUACAGUUUUUAUAUAGUAUCUAACAUUUUACAGUAUUCAUAUACUGCCACACCAAUGCAUAUUUUUACUGGUUUUCCUCUUAGUAAUAUUUUACUGUUACAUAUCUUGGUGUCUUUAUCUGUAGUUGGAAUCACAUUUUGACUGCUUUCCUUUAAAGGAUACCAAUAUUUGAAAUUACAUUAUGUGUAUAUGGAAAGCCAAUGUGUAUAUGGAAACAGAAGCCAAUUUACAGAUAAAUAUAGAAGACCAAAAAUAUACCCGGUUUAUAAUUGUAUUUACAAGAAACCUGUUAUAGCCAAAGCGCUGGAGCAUUAUAUAUAUAUAUAUAUAUAUAUAUAUAUAUAUAUAUAUAUAUAUAUAUAUAUAUAUAUAUAUGUAUAUGUGUAUAUAUAUAUAUAUAUAAUACUCCAAGAAACCGCACUUGGACUUGGAGUGCAGUUUCUUGGAGCAUUAUGUAUUGAUUGACCAGCACCCAGGCAGGUGCUGUUUCGUUUUGAGUGCACCAGAAUUAUAUGUGUGUGUAUAUAUAUAUAUAUAUAUAUAUAUAUAUAUAUAUAUAUAUAUAUAUAUAUAUAUAUAUAUAUAUAUAUCUAAUAUAAAAGUUCAUAUAAUGAUUCACUGGCAUGGAUGAGCUCAUGUCAAAAAGGGGGUAAUUUUUUAUGAUGAUGCUUUGAAGCUCAGCAACUCCACACAUUUUGUUUAAUUUGUUUGUAUCCUAUGUAUUCUACAUUCUGAUUGGUUGGAUAGAUUCGCUGGCCAAUUGGUGGCAGGGAACUGAUAUUUUGUGAACUUAAAGUAGUUGUUGACCUCCCAGAAUGAGAGUCUAGUCACAUUGUCUUGCAUUCUGUGAGCAAAUAAUUGAUAUAUGAAAAUAUGGUAGGUGAGGACCAGAGCGGCAUUCGCUAAACCAUUACAGUGUUACUGCACAAUUGAUGCAUGCUGCAGAUUUGGUUAGACAGGUGACAGUGGCAUUUUAAUAAGAUGUGGCCAUUGCAAUUAUUGUUAACAUGUAAUUUUAGAGCACCAACAUAUUGCUCAGUGCUGAGCGCUAACAUAUGAACAAGCAAUCCUGGGAUUUGAGUAGUGACAUUGUCUUACAGCCCUCCAAACAGCAGUAGUUUAUUUAAACCAUGAUUUGUCUGUUUGUCAUCUAUAUGUAGGUAUUAGAACCUUAAGUGUUUUACCAAUCCUUUUCUGAUCUGACACAAACAAAUGACCCAUAAGCCAGUCGAUUUCUGCAGUGGUGCCUAGUUGGACUAAGUAUUGUUCACUUAUAUUGCUUGCAGAUGGAUGGUACAGUUGACAAGUCAGUUCUGUUGGAUAGUGCUGCAUAUAUUGUCAUUAAUUUUUAUGCAUGGAGUUCCUUAAACAUUCGAUUGGACAGUUUUUAAUAGAUUCCUCUCAAAGGGCCAAAUACUUUGCACUAUUUGGCACUACAGCAAAACCUUAUUUAGGAAUAGAAUACAUAUCUUAAAGAGAGAGAAUUCAGGCAUUUGUAUCACAGGUAUUCCCAUUAUGCAUGAUAUUGUUAUUGGCAUGGAAGAAUUACACAAUGUGUAAUGGUUUUGUUUGAUAGGAGAUUGUUGGUUUACAAUGAGCAGUAAUGUAACAACAUUCAAAAUGAUUCAUCCAGUUUUCCUUCUUUGGCGAGUACUCACACACAAUGACUGAUUUUUUUCAAUAACAGAAGCACACACCAAGAGAUUUUCUUUCCGUUAACACUCAGAGGAAAACCAGUAAAACUUGCAGGGAGAUGAAAAUAUCUUUAGAAGGGUCACUGAAAUCAAAUAAAGUUUGGUUAAUUGCAGUUUGUCAUAAAACUUCUAAUGGUUGAAAAAGUCUAAUCCUGUGCAAGUAUGAUUUUGGAGAUUAGUCAUAAUAAGCUGUAUGUAGCUCCUAACAGGGCCUCAUUUGACUUCUGUUGAUUUUAAUUUGCUAAUUACAAAUGUUGAAAACAUGUAAAUGUUCAAUAAAAUGUGUACUGAU